AUGUUGGAGGAAAGAUACAAGUGCUUAGAGUGUGGAAUGAACUUCUCAGAUCUAACACGAUGUACUGUUCAUGUUGGAAUGCACACUGGAAAGAAGAAUGAUCAAUGGCUGGAAUGUGGAAAGACCAUGAUUGGCAGAGCAGAGUCCCUUAGACAUAUAAGAACGAAUACAGGAGAGAAACUUUAUAGUGGCUCAGACUAUGACAAAAGAUUCUCAGAGAAAUCAGACCUCAUUCAACACCAAAGAAUUCAUUCUGGAGAGAAGCCCUUUAUCUGUUCCCAGAGUGUAAUUAUGUUUUUGGAUGGGAAAAAGUGUAAUAUUCAUUUUCCAAAGCAGCACAUAAUGAAGGCAUAUAAAUGCUUUCAGUGUGGGAAGUACUUCAGAUACAAAUCGCAGUGCCUUGUGCACCAAAGGAUCCACACAGCGGGGAAAUCUUUUGAAUACUCAGUGUCUGGGAAGAGAUUCAGUCAGAGUGACCAAAGUAAUCAAAGAACCCACACAGGGGAGAAGCCUUUUGAAUGCUCAGAAUGUGGGAAGAGAUUCAGUCAAAGUGGUGAUCUUCAAAAACAUCUACGAAUCCACACAAGGGAGAAGCCUUUUGAAUGCUCAGAGUGUGGGAAGAGAUUCAGUCAAAGUGGCCAUCGUCAAAGACAUCUAAGAAUCCACACAGGGGAGAAGCCUUUUCGAUGCUCAGAGUGUGGUAAGAAGUUCAGUCAGAGUGGCAGUCUUCAAUGGCAUCAAAGAACCCACUUAGGAGAGAAGCCUUUUGAAUGCUCAGAGUGUGGAAAGAGAUUCAUUCACAGUGGCGAUCUUCAAAAACAUCACAGAACCCACACAGGGGAGAAGCCUUUUGAAUGCUCAGAGUGUGGGAAGAGAUUCAAUCAGAGUGGCGAUCUUCAAAAACAUCUAAGAAUCCACACAGGGCAGAAACCUUUUGAGUGCUCAGAGUGUGGGAAGAGAUUCAGUCAGACUAGCAAUCUUCAACAGCAUCAAAGAACCCACACAGGGGAAAAGCCUUUUGAAUGCUCAGAGUGUGGGAAGAGAUUCAAUCACAAUGGCCAUCUUCAACAGCAUCAAAGAACCCACACAGGGGAAAAGCCUUUUGAAUGCUCAGAGUGUGGGAAAAGAUUCAGUUACAAUUGCAGUCUUGUACAACACCUAGGAAUCCACACAGGAGAGAAGCCUUUUAAAUGCUCAGAAUGUGGAAAGAGAUUCAUUCACACUAGCACUCUUCAACAGCAUCUAAGAACUCACACAGAGGAGAAGCCUUUUGAAUGCUAUGAAUGUGGGAAGAGAUUCAGUGACAGUAGCAGUCUUCAAAAACAUCAAAGAACGCACACAGGGGAGAAGCCUUUUGAAUGCUCAGAGUGUGGAAAGAAAUUCAGUCAGAGUGGCAGUCUUCAGCAGCAUCGAAGAACCCACACAGGGGAGAAGCCUUUUGAAUGCUCAGAAUGUGGAAAGAGAUUCAUUCAGAGUGGCCAUCUUCAGCAGCAUCAAAGAACCCACACAGGAGAGAAGCCCUUUGAAUGCUCAGAGUGUCGGAAGAGAUUCAGUCACAAUGGUGAUCUUCAAAAACAUCUAAGAACCCACACAGGGGAGAAGCCUUUUGAAUGCUUAGAGUGUGGAAAGAGAUUCAUUCACAGUGGCAAUCUUCAACAGCAUCAAAGAACCCAUACAGGGGAGAAGCCUUUUGAAUGUUCAGAGUGUGGGAAGAGAUUUAGUCAGAGUAGCAAUCUUCAGAGUCAUCUGAGAACCCACACAGAGAAGAAGCCUUUGAAUGCUCAGAGUGUAGGAAAUGACUGA